CCCUCUCCUCGGGUCCCCUGUCAGUCAUUGGCUCUCUGCGGUUUCCUUGGGGACGUGGCGCCGCCGGCUGCCCGGGCCUCCUUCCGGCUUGUUUAGAAGCUGCUGGGAGCGCUACUGGACCUAGAAGAACGGUGCUGAGGGAGCCGGCUGGCCGUUUGACCGGAGAUGCCGAGGACGAGGAGACUACCUUUCCAAGGCAAAAGGAAAAGGAGGUGACAGGCAUUGAGACCACUGAAGGGAACCCAUGGCUAGGAUCAGUUUUUCCUUCCUCUGCCCAGCCUCCUGGUACUUCACUGUGCCCACAGUGAGCCCAUUUUCCCGGCAGCGGGUGGCAUUCCUAGGACUCUUCUUCAUAUCCUGUCUCCUUUUACUUAUGUUAAUCAUGGACUUUCGACAUUGGGGUGCUUCAUCACCACGAGAUAGGCAAUAUGAAAGGUAUUUGGCUCGAGUAGGAGAUCUUGAAGCUACUGACACUGAAGACCCAGAUCUGAAUUAUGGGCUUGUUGUGGACUGUGGCAGCAGUGGCUCUCGGAUUUUUGUUUAUUUCUGGCCAAGACAUAAUGGGAAUCCUCAUGACUUAUUGGACAUCAAACAGAUGAGAGACCGAAACAGCCAACCAGUGGUUAAAAAAAUCAAGCCAGGAAUCUCUGCAAUGGCAGACACUCCAGAACAUGCCAGCGAUUACCUUCGUCCUCUGCUGAGCUUUGCUGCUGCUCAUGUGCCUGUGAAGAAGCACAAGGAGACCCCCCUUUACAUCCUCUGCACGGCAGGCAUGAGGCUUCUUCCCGAGAGGAAGCAGUUGGCUAUCUUGGCUGAUCUAGUGAAAGAUUUACCUCUGGAGUUUGACUUCCUCUUUUCUCAGUCUCAGGCAGAAGUGAUCUCUGGAAAGCAAGAAGGGGUUUAUGCAUGGAUUGGAAUCAACUUUGUUUUGGGAAGAUUCGACCAUGAAGAUGAAGCUGAUGCUGAGGCUCCCCAGGAAUUGGUGACAGGACGCAGAAGGACAGUAGGGAUACUGGAUAUGGGAGGAGCCUCUCUCCAAAUUGCUUAUGAAGUUCCUACCUCAACUUCUGUCCUUUCUCCACAAGAGGAAGAAGCUGCCAAGAUCUUGCUGGCUGAGUUCAACCUGGGCUGUGAUGUGCAACACACUGAACACGUGUAUAGGGUUUACGUCACAACCUUUCUGGGUUUUGGGGGGAACUUUGCCCGGCAGCGCUAUGAAGAUCUUGUAUUGAAUGAAACUCUUAACAAGAACAGGUUGCUAGGCCACAAGACAGGUCUGAGUCCUGACAAUCCUUUUCUGGAUCCCUGCCUGCCUGUGGGACUCACAGAUGUGGUGGAAAGGAACAGUCAGGUCCUGCAUGUCCGAGGACGAGGGGACUGGGCGGCUUGUGGGGCCAUGCUGAGCCCCCUGCUGGCUCGCUCCAACACCAGCCAGGCCUCACUGAACGGCAUCUACCAGUCACCCAUUGACUUCAACAACAGCGAGUUCUAUGGUUUCUCCGAGUUCUUUUACUGUACAGAGGAUGUGUUGCGCAUCGGUGGCCGCUACCAUGGGCCAACAUUUGCCAAGGCUGCUCAGGAUUACUGUGGCAUGGCUUGGUCAGUACUCACUCAGAGAUUCAAGAAUGGCCUCUUUUCAUCACAUGCAGAUGAGCAUCGACUCAAAUAUCAGUGUUUUAAGUCAGCCUGGAUGUACCAAGUUCUUCAUGAAGGAUUCCAUUUUCCCUAUGACUAUCCAAAUCUGCAGACAGCACAGCUGGUCUAUGACCGAGAGGUUCAGUGGACGCUGGGAGCCAUUCUGUAUAAAACACGCUUCUUACCACUCAGGGAUCUACGGCAGGAAGGUGUCCGACAGGCCCAUGGUAACUGGUUCCGUCUCUCCUUCGUCUACAACCACUAUCUCUUCUUCGCCUGUAUCCUGGUGGUGCUACUGGCCAUCAUCCUGUACCUUCUGCGGCUACGUCGGAUUCACCACCGACAAACUCGAGCCUCAGCCCCAUUGAACUUGCUGUGGAUCGAGGAGGUGGUACCCAUGAUUGGGGUACAAGUCGGGCCAUGAGGCUGGGCAGGUUCAAGGAAAGUUCAAAUACCCCAGAAUUGCUGCCCAUUGAAUUCCACCACUUUCUGGUACUGGCCUCAGAUGCUGCUUUGCCUGACUUUGUAGAUAUUUGGCCUUGGAAUUUCUACUUCAAUAUCUACUUUAAUUCCUUCUCAAUAUCCAGGUCCUCUUCUCUGAAGAGAAGCUGUAAUUUAGCCUGUGAAGAACUAAAUGAGAGACUGGUGCUAACAAAGGGGACCAACUUUAGUCCAAUUGAAGCAUGCUUCUGCUUCUUUAUCUGAGAGAUCUGGUGUGCUCCUGGGAUCGAGACUUUUCUCCCCUUGCUUUAAGCAUGAAGUUCAGCACUGGGCAUGCUGAAAGCCUAGCUGAAACCAAACUUGGGGCAUCUGAUUCAAAGCCGAAGACGUUCUACCAAGUGCAGCAGCCCCUUCUUUCUCUGUAACAGAGAUAUCAUUUAUGUGGAGAUCCACAGCCUUUAAUAGGCCUCCAAGAUUUUUGCAGAUCAGCAGAACAGAUAAGAAUUUCCAGGCAACCAAAAUAACACAACUUCUUUGCUUACUCGACAAAGAAGCCACUGUGAAUGUGGCUCAAGAUCCCUGACAUCCUGUUGCUGAUAUUAGUUAGAUUUUAAAAGGUUAGAACCCUUCCUAAAUGAAUGGUCCAGUGAAGAUUUUAACAAUAUAUUUUAUGAUGCCUCAUAUGACCAGAAUUGAAAAUUUUUCCAUGUCUCUGUGGCUCCGAGGCUGUUUGGGCAUUAAUUUUUCUUUUGAGCCUUAAGGGUGCUUGUAGGGAUGGAGAAACUGGGAUGGGGAUUGGGGACCUGGAUUUGUCUGGUCACUGUCCUCUUGGCUUGUUUUUACAAGUCCUUACGUGGGAAGAUUCAAGAGUUCUUUUAUUUCACUGCUAAGAUCAAUAUGUAGUUUGGGAAGGGAUGCAUCUGGUUUGUUUUUAAAGAAGGAAAGAACAGUAUCAGGAUAGCGGGCCAAGGCAAUAAAAUCCAAGCUCUUAUUUAUUAAUGUUUUUCUGAGAAAUAGUAGUUUUCUCAGUUGGGCUCUUGGAAUAUUUGAAAAGAAGCAAAUCACAAACUUUGGAAUAGACAGAUAAAUCUGUUAAUAAUCCACCUGGCAACUUUCAGAAUAUUUCCUAAGAGAUUUCUCAGUCAUAAACAGCAUUUCCAUUAAUGGGGACAGGGGAAAAGCCAUAGUAAUUACAUUUUUAUCCACUACCCUUCAGGAUCUUUGCUUCCUCUCUGCAUUUAGCCUUUAAAUUGCACAAGGAUUUCUUUUUCAUCCCCCAUGGAACCUUCUUUAAUCUUUCCUCUAUGUAGCCUUAAAUGUCCUGCUUAAGAAUAUGCUCCCAGAGUUAAAAGAGUUUUCUUUCUUUGUCAGCUUUGAGUUCUAGGAUUACAAGAGUAAGGGAAAAGUCCUUGCCUUUAAAGGAAAAAAAGUGGAAUUCUUAAAAAAUAAAUUUCAUACUGAGAGUAGAAAGGAGUUAAGUGCUUCAUAAAACCAAGAAAAAUAAAUCCAGAUCCUCCUGGAAAUAAACUGAGAUGAAAGUAAGUAUACUUAAAGUAGGUGAAAAGAUGAUGAGUCUUGAAUCGUUUUCAAAUUAGAUAAAAAUGGAUCCAGCAGAGUCUUACAGGUUCCUUUGGAAGAACUUUUAACUUUUCAUUAGGGCUUAUGUCUCAGCAGUUUAAUUUUUAAGAUUUCUAAGUUGCCUUGAUUUUCUUUGACUUCUUAUCUUUGUGUCUGUACUGUGAGCGAGCCCUUGCCUAUGAAUGCUGCUUAUAAAUAACAUCAUAGUAUGUUUUUGCUAGCCAUUGCCUACUCAGGUAACUCUUUUCCCUCACCUUUGUUUCCAAAUACCAUUUUUGGUUUUCUUAUUUUCUUGUGUGAUCUACUCAAUGAUCUUCUCCAAAGCUACCUAGCUAGCUGGCUAAGAGUGAUCACAUUUGUGUGCUCAGAAUGAAAUUGAAGCAUGGAGGAGGCAGUGAUCAGUCCAAUUUGAAAGCUCUUAUUAAGUUAUUCUUCAUCCUCGUUAUGAUGAUAAUAACUACCAUUUGCAAAGCACUGAUUGUGUACCAGACACUCCAUUAAUAAUUUUAUGUAUGUUAUUUUAAUCAUCAUGACAACCUUUCAGAUUGGUAUUGUUCUUUUUAUAAUUGAGAAACUCAGGAUACUUGUUUAUCAUUUUUUCCAUAUAAAUGUAUUUCUUAUUCUUAA